GGGUUCGGGCUUCUUCCGUGUUCACGGAGGCAGGGAGGGACGGCGCAGCCGCCUGAAACGGACUGAAACAGACUCAAACGGACUCAAACGGACUGAAACAGACUUUCUGAAGAAACAAGGAAGGGGAAAAAAUAGAAAGUCCCGACGAUGACCUCCGAAGACAAAGAAGCGCUGACGUCCCAGUAGGCCGGGGGGAAAACAUCACCACCACACGCACGGAUGAGCUCGUACCGACGUGUGUGUGUGUGUGAGUGUGUGUGUGAGGAUGAAGAGCGAACGCCAGUGAUUUCCAGGACGAAGAUAAGUCUCCUACCGGACGACAUGAGGCUCUAAAAGCGACGCGAAGAAGCCGCCGCCGCGUGGUGCCCGAGAGGGGCAGCGACCUCCACCCCCCCCCCCCCACCACCACCACCACCACCACCCGCCGCCAUGCUGCAGCAGAUCCUGACGGACAUGUACAUCGACCCCGACAUGCUGAACGCCCUCAACGAGGACCAGAAGAAGACGCUGUUCCUGAAGAUGCGCCAGGAGCAGGUCCGCCGCUGGAAGGAGCGGGAGGAGGGCGGCGGCGACGACCGGGACGGCGAGGGAAAGAGGGCGGCGCCGAGGAAAGCCAACAGGAAGAGCGUGAGCUGGCUGCUGGGGCACGAUGGCGACGUGGCGGUCAUCGUCAUCGGGGAGCUGGACGAGCUGAGCUCCAAAUUCAUCUGCUCGGGAUUCGGAGAGAAGAAGACGCCGAGUCUCCAGAACACUGCACACCAUCAACCCGUCCUGAAGAGCUGGAGACAGAACACAGAACCGGUCAGAACCGAAAGCGAGAACCUCCCUCCAAACACACAACCUGGGAUCUCACUGAGUUUAAAGGGCAAGUGUGAGGAGACGAGCGCCUCACUCCCUCUGCCGGUGUCAGUGAGUGCGCAUCCAUCCUCACCUCCAGAAACAGAAAAGCCCGAGCCGAAGCCGCCCGGUGGGACCGGGGAGACGUCGCUCGCUCCCCCUCAGCCAUCCAUCUGCAGCCGGCUGCUCGCCAGGGCCAACCAGGUCACGGUGAGACCGGCCGCCGCCGCCGUGGCGCCGGGCUCCAUCAACGCCAGACUCGACCCCGCGACUCUGAGUCCGACCGCCACCGCCACGCCGACCCCGACCCCCAGGAGCACCGUCAGGAUGGACUCCGGGAUCGCCAAAGGGGGUCUGCACUCACAGGAGGCCCAGAAGGCCCCGGAACCUCUCAAAGGGAAAGAUAUCGGAGCGUCCGAUGCAUCUCGGGGGGCGGGCUCGGAGGAGGCGGGGUCAUCGGGCGGCGCGCCGACCAGCGCGGGGCGCGGCCGCGUGGCCCAGCUGAUGAAGACCUUCAGCACCGACAGCGGGCCGACGCCCACGCUGACUCCGCCUCCCCGCGGCGUCAAGCCUCCUCUCGCCAACAAGCCGGGCCACUUACGUCUGACCAGCACACCCACCGUCAGGUAGUCCGAAAAAACAACGACAACAACAAAAACACUGCCGCCCACCACCCGGCUUCAAACGAAGCCGCGCUGAACAAUGUCGGACACCGGGAGGCGGAGCCUCGGCCGAUUGGUCGCCAUCACUCCCAAAAAAAAGCACAGCGAUGGAAAUGCUUGAAUGUAAUGGGUUUCGUUGUAUUUGUAUUUUUUUUGGAAGCUCCAGUACUGUAAACGCUCUUCGGGGGAAAUUGAUCGCGACGUGUGUACGUAUUUAGUUUUUUUAUUUCCAGGGAAUCGAUCGAUCGCGUGUAUCCACGGCUCCCCACGAACACGCUGAUGAAGAACGCACAUCGUCUUCUCCAAUUCACACAGAAACACACACACGUGAUAUUUGUUUACUUUCCGAUGACGUCAUUUCUAUUCCUUAUAGGACAGGUUUGCAUGAGCCGGUACGCAAACACACACGUGUGUGUGUGUGUGUUUGGUUCGGCAACGUGUGUGUACUUGAGUUUUUUCCCAGGGAAUCGAUUGAUCAAAUAUAUUCACAACACACCUGUUAUUCUCCAAUUCACACAAAAACACACACGUGAUAUUGUUUACUUUCCGAUGACGUCAUUUCCAACACUCAUGGGACGAGUUAGCGUGAGCUGGUAUAUGCAGACACACGCGAGUGUGUGUGCGUGUGUGUGUGUGUGUGUGUGUGUGUGGUUCAGGACAAAAGGCCGGGCAUGGGCAGGCAUAAUGGGGUAGAAGAAGACACAUCGGGGUCCUCCUUCAUCUGGCUGUCUCCUCCUUGGGAAUACUUUGGGGUUGUUUGUGUGUCACGAUGAAUGUCUUCCCUCCUCCGCCUGGCAGGAGCCGGACUGGGAACCUGUUGUUGACCAGUGAAAGUGCCAAAUGUCUGUCGCUCCCAGUGGAUCCAGUCAGACUCUGUUUUUACUCUUCUGCAAUAUUUCCAGUAAUAUUUUUUUUAUUUUUUAGAAAUGCUUCGGUUGAACUUUUUCCACAUUUUCUAUUCGGGAGAAAUAUGUUUCUUUUGUUUUUUUGUAAUGGGAUAUUUAACAUUACCGCAAUGUUCACGUGUAAAAAAAAUGACAAAAGAGACUUUUUUUGGGUAUCUUUGUCGUCAAGCUUGUAUGAUGCAAUCAAAGAAAUAAUAAAAUGGUGUCACUUGUACACCGUGUAUCUUUAAAGUA